AUGAAUAAUGGUACAGGGUUAUCAGAGCUUGAGCUCAAGAGACAAGCGGUAUUGGCAUCAAUGAAAAGGAAGAAAUCUGAUCGUCAAGCAACAGGCUCAGCUAUUCAAAUUAAUAACACUAAUGCUUCCAUGGGAUCUCAUAAAGAUAAAGGUAAGUUAACAACAAAUCUUUAUGAUGCUGUAAUGGACUUAAGAUCUUUAGGGUUUUCAUUUGAUGAUAUUGUUGAGAAAUCAGGUGUUAAAAGAGAAUAUCUAGCCAAUUGUUAUAAUUCAUGGAAAUUCAUUGUUCCCAAGAUUGAUAUAAAACAACCAGAACCAAUACCAGCUGUACAAGUACCAGUAUCGGUACCUGAACCUGAACCUGAACAAACUCCAGUUCUCAUACCCAAAUGGCAUGAUCAAAGAUCUCAUUCAAAUAGUCCUAUUGUUCAUCAACGUCCUUUGUUCAAUAAUAAAUAUACUAGAGUUCAAGUUGAAGAAAGACCUGAAUGGUUAAAAGAUCUUGUUAUUGAUUUAUCUGAAACAUCAGAUGAAGAAGAAUCCGAGGAAGAAGAAGAAGAAGAAGAAGACAAUGAUGCUGAUGAAGGAGAAGAAGAGGAUGGAUCUAAUUCAUCUAAUGAAACUUCUCAAGAUUCAGAAGAAAAGAUUCAUAUAGAAACUUCAGUUACUGAAGUUGAAAAUGUUAAUGAUAAAAAAAGAAAAUUAGAAAUUGAUAAUGAUGAUGAAAAUAAUGAUAACUUUAUCAAUACAAAAAUUUCAUUAAAAGAAAAAAUUGAAAACUUAAGUGAUAAAAUAAGGCAACAUGAAUCUUCACAAAAAUCCAAAAAUUAUAAAUUUUUAACAAAAGAAUUAAAAGAUAAACAAUCUCAAUUACUUUGGUUGAGAAAACAAGUUUCUAUAAUGGAAUCUGAUAUUAUUUCUACCAAAAGUAUGAUUAAUCAUCUGGAGGAUGGUAUGAAUUAUCUAUCAGAAUGGAAAACUGAAUUAGCUUCAAAUCUUGUUCAAUUGGAAGCUUUAGAAUAUGAAGAAAAGGAACAAAUUGAAAUGGAUAAAAGACGUGCGACUUUAAAGGCAAAAUUACAACAACAAAUGGAAAGUAAGAGACAAGAAAAAAUUAGAGAAGAAGUAGAAAAACAAGAAAAGAUAGCUAAUGAACAAGAUAAUAAAGAACAGGAUGUGGAGAUUGUUGAAAUUGCUUCGUCAUCAGAAGGAGAAGAAGAACAAGAAGAAGGAUCAAAUAGUAUUGAUAUAGAUGAUGUUGAUAAUAAUAAUCAUUCAAAUGGGAUGGUUUCAUCUGAUACAAUUCAUAAGAUACCAAAGGUAAUUAGUGUUUCUAUUGGUUAA